AUGCCUACAAAUCCAAACAGUCCACCUGGAAGCCCGCCAUCACCAGCUGAUCAUUCUCUUCAUAUCAAUUCCCUCACCAGCGGUCAUGUAACGGGAUCAAAUGACCCACUAGAGUGGCGUAAUGAAUGGAGCCAUAAUGCAAUUGCUAAUGAUAAUGCCAUAAAUGUUAAUGUCCCUUGUCACCGAAAAGGAUCUGUUCCUCGGAAUGCGAAGCCAGACUUGUACGCUCGACACCAGGUUGCACCUUCUAUACCCAUCACGGCACAGAGCAGUAACGACCAUGACUACCGCGGUAUUAUCGACGACUUAACAGUUGAGAUUCAACAGCUUAAGAAGGAACUCAAGCGAUAUAAGAAACCAGGUCCUACCGAGGUCUAUAAAGACGAGCUAUUUGAUAUAAGGGUUCAUGGGCUGCCCCAGAAGAAAAAGAGAGAGCUCGACGCCAUAUUGGGAGAUUUUGCAACUAAUGUUGGCGGGUCUCCGAAGGGGUCAUCAUCGCAAAAAAGAACAAGGGUAUCGCCACACAACCGCAAUCACGCAUACUCCGAAUCUGGAAUUCAGCAUAAACGUGCUCCUUCCUCUCGAAGCUCCACCCUCCGACCAACUGACUCCGCUUAUGCCUCCAUGUCGACUGGUGGGGAGUCUUCAAGAACCCCUCUUAACCACCCCAUCUUGACUUCAACUCAACCAUCAAAGGGGGAGGCUGAGGAUUAUCUGCGAGAUGUCCCAGACGGUCUGUACCCACAACAUGCAAUCAUGACAGACAGGGAGCGGAAGAGUCUCGUUGUUCGUCGUCUCGAACAGCUCUUUACAGGCAGAGAUUACAUUGCCGAUAUCUUGAAGACACCACUUGUGCGGCCGGGUGGUAGCUUCAUCAUGAUGGGCGAUGUAACUGAUGGCCAGGUGACGGACCAAUCACCUGUCCACGAACUACCCACUGAUAGACAUAAGCCUAUCCGCGAAGCCAGAAUCCUUCCUCCAGAACAGCAAUUUCAUACUUGGGGAAACGACUGUCAUUCAAGUAACUCUGUCUUACCUUCUGAUCCCAGCAAAGACAGCAUAAAGACCGGAGGCAAUGAUGAAGAUUCGGUCUCUAGCACUAAGUCGUUCCCCCCACUCCUGCUUCUGCCAAAACAACGAGCAACGCGACCUUGUGAUCUGGACCCUGAUCGUGCUCAGGUUCCGUCUGAGAACGUGGAUUACAUCCGGCAUUUGGACCUACUGCUGCCCGAGGUAUUACCUAGACAGCAAAGUAGCCAGGGCAUCAACCUAGACGCUGAAGGCUGGGUGUCCUUGAACCUCCUGUACAACUUAGCGCAGCUGCACUUGAUCAAUGUGACACCAGACUUCGUUCGCUCGGCCGUAUCCGAAAACAGCACCAGACUUCAGUUAUCCACUGACGGGCAUAAGAUUCUAUGGCAAGGCGAAUCCAAGGAUACCAAGCUCAGUAGCUACAGCUCUGGCUAUAAGACGUCAGAAACUCCUUCUGUCGGUAAUGUCGAUAAGUCGGGAAAGAGACGGGAGCGCCAGAAAAUAAGCCGUUUCACUAGCAAUGGAUCUCAACUCAGUGGCUUAGCAAAAUUCUUCUUUAGGGCAUAUUUCCCGGGACAGGUCGGUUUCCUCCGCUACAGCCGCGAGUAA